AUGGCUGCUGUGGACACUAAAGGAACCAUGAAGGACUUCUGCAGCCCAGCCUGUUUGUGCUCUUUCAAGUAUAACUCUGCAUCCACCAAAACACCAAAGGUGAUCACACGGCCUCAAAACAUCAUCCUGGCUCCGGUGGAUCAUUUGGGAACUAUGAAGGAGCUGUGCAGCAAUGCGUGUCUCUCCUCUGUCACAUCCAAGAUGAAGAAGGCUGCCAGAAAACUGCCGCCACAGGAGGGCUCGAGUUCACCGUGCAGGAUGUGUGGCAGACACAGUUCUGAGGACUUGAAGAUUGGGUCGGUUUUCUCUUUGACUGGAGAAUCCAAACCCGCAGAGCCCUCUCUCACCAGCAUGGAUUUGCCUGCUUCCUGCUCCGCCUGCAAAAAGGCCCUGAUAGAUGGAGAAACUGUUUACCAGAGGAAAAACCACACGGGCAUCUUCUGCUCCACUUCCUGCCUUCUGAGAUUUUACCAGAAGAAAGCAGCUGGGAGGACGUGCCAUUUCUGUCUGCAGGUGAUUGCACCACCUCAGAACGCCAUCCAGGCCGUGGUGGAUGAUGAGGGGACAAAGAAUGAUUUCUGUGGCCAUACCUGCCUCUCCUCCUUCAACUACAAGAGACACGUCUCCGUCAAAAUACCCGUGCUUCCCGUCUCAUCGCAUUCACAGUGCAGCAUGUGCAGCAGAUACUGCAUCAGCAAGCACGAGAUCACACAAGACGAUGUCAUCCACAAGAUCUGCAGCGAGCCGUGUUUCCUGCGGUUCUGCAGCAUGAACAACAUCGUCGUCUGUGCGAACUGUCACUCACACAGCAAAACGCCGCUCACGCUCAAGGUGGAGGAGGGCAGCCGCAAACUCUGCAGUGCAGAGUGUCUGGCACAGUUGAAGCAGAAAAUAAAACCAUCACAGCCAUGCAGAAUGUGCCACAGCACGAUUCCUGCAUCCGACAUGGUUGAAAACAAGAACAGUGAAAACGAGGUGGAGCUCUUCUGCAGCAGAGGCUGCAUGACGGCGUUCAAGAUCCAGGCGGUCAGCACCUCGGGUGCCUCUCUGAAUUGUGACCACUGUGGUACGACUGCAGUCCCAGCUUGUCACCUCUCCAUGUCAGAUGCCUCCAUCAGAAAUUUCUGCACGCUGAAGUGUGCCAUGACCUUCAAGGAGAGCCAGAAUCAGUCCGGAUUCGCUGAUAAAACUCAAACCGAUCUCCUCAAACCGCCACCGAAGUUGCUUUGCGCCCAGUGUCAACGCAACAUAUUAACCACACCCAAAGUCAUCCAGAGACAGGAAAACAUUUAUUUUGCCUGCAGCGUGGCCUGUUUUCAAGAAUUUAAGAGGGUCAGCGGUGUCACAGCCACGUGUGAAUACUGCAGGAAUGAAAGAAUCAUCAAAGACGUCAAGAGAAUCAGCAGCAAAGACUGCUGCUUCUGCAGUGACGCCUGCAAGACACUCUUCUGUCAAGAGCUGGAAGGGAAGUGGGGUAAACACUGUCGCUCGUGUGCUUACUGCCUCUCGAUAUCCAAGACUCUGGUGACGGCACCGGGCGACGACGGCGACAUCGAGUUCUGCUCUGCAGCCUGCUGCUCGAAGCACAAGAUGCUCCUCAGCCAUGUGGCAAAAUGUGACGCCUGCAGCCACAAAGGGAAACUAAAGCAGAGGCUUCCAUUGCUGGGAGAGGUCAAAUACUUCUGUGGCAUGAAGUGUCUCCUGCACUUCUGCAGUAACAAGGUUCAGAUGCUCGAUGGAGUGUCUUCAGCUCCUGGAUCACCAGCAGAGUCCGCUCCUGUUAUUGGGAACGUUAUCUCUCUGGCUGAUGCUUUGGCCCGGCAGCGCAGCACCUCAGCAGCUUCUCCACAGCUUGGCUCCAUCACUGACAUCCAAGCAAAGGUCAUUGGACAUGUCAGUGUACAGACCGUCCCGAAGGAGCUGAAGAACAAGUCGAUCACCUGCACUCCGCUGGUCCAUAACAAAGGGGUCUCCUGUACAGAGCAGAGUCUGAGAACAGAGCCACAGAAAGACAGCUGUGAUCCCACAGUCGUGGUCCUGCCUGUCCCAGUGCCCGUUUACGUUCCUGUUCCCAUGAACAUGUACAGCCAGUACGCUCCACAGCCGCUGGGCCUGCCCUUACCGCUGCCUGUGCUUGUGGUCCUCCCACAUGGAUCUGAGCCGACAGUGAAAUCCAUAAAAGAGAGUUUGCAACCUGAACAGCUGGAGGGAGAGCUCAACAUGAGGCCUGAGACCGAGCAGAGGGACACGGAGGAGAGAGAGGAUGGACAGGAGGAGGAACAAGGGACAGAAGAAGAAGAGAGAGCAGAACCUUCAUCCCCAAAGGACCACACCAGCAGCUGCAGCAACGACUCGCAUACAGACGAUCAGGCCGAGGACUUCUUUAACACCAGCGUCGGUCUGCUGCGUCAGCCGCAAGACCACAAAACCUCGCCUCCAGUCUCAGGUGAGGACAUGCCCAGCAGUCCUCGUUCUGACCUCUCACCUCUUUCAGCUCUGGGGAUAAGAGAGACUCCCCAGAGGUCGCCCGUCCCUCCUCCUGAUCCUCCCUUGGACAAAGACAGGAACAAGGAUUGUGAGCUGGAGCAGCUUUCAGAGAAAGCAGAGGAGACGACGCCUGAAACCACGAGGUCUGAGGUCACGUCUGCAAAGAAAAACACCCUGAAGAGUCAGUGUGGAGUCGAUGCCUGGAAGAGGUGGAUCAGAUGGAGAGGGUCACACACCAGCCUGGACUCUGUUUCCUCUCAUGCUGUGACACUGAAGGAAGACCUCCUUCGCUGCUCUGCGGCUGAACUGAGCGACUGCCUCUGUUGCUUCAUCAGGGAGGUGAAGCAAUCGGACGGAGAGCCGUACUCCCCCGACAGGCUGCUCUACCUCUGCCUCAGCAUUCAGCUGCAUCUGUUUCAGAACGGCCGGCUGGAGAACAUCUUCAGUGAUCUGAUCUAUCACAGGUUUUCCUCAGAGUUCACUAAGAUCCUCAAACAGUUCAAACCUGCAGCCACAGCUGGCGGUUGGACCCCCUCCUGUGUGGAGGAGGACUUUCUGUGGGACUGUAAACAGCUGGGGGCGUACGCCCCCGUCGUCCUCCUCAACACGCUGCUCUUCUUCUUCUGCAAGUGCUUUGGCUUCACCACGGUGGAGCAGCACCGCCAGCUGUCCUUCGCACACGUCACACUCUGCAGCAGAACCAGCAAGAACAACAGCAAGACCACCUUCCUGCGCUUCCACCCGCCCAGUCCUGCAAACCAGGAAGAGUCCGACACGUACGGCGUCCUGGCAAAGAAACGCAAGAAAAAUGAGUCUGAAGAGGAUUUCCUAGAGAUGGUGGAGAACCUGGAGAACCCUCUCCGAUGUCCAGUCAGACUCUACGAGUUCUACCUUUCCAAGUGUCCGGGGUUGGUGAGGCAGCGCAGCGAUCUGUUCUACCUGCAGCCCGAUCGAAGCUGCGUUCCCAGCAGCCCUCUGUGGUUCCUGCCCGCCCCCCUCAAUGACACCACCAUGGAAGCUGUGAUGAUGCGAAUCCUCGCUGUCCGAGAGCUGCAGGGGGGGUGCAGAGGGGGUGCAGGUACGGCCCCGCGAGCACCGGAUGACCCAUCAUUCACACUCAAUCAGGACGACUCGCAGUGAUUUUUAUUUAUUUAAAUGCACUUUUUGAAGGACUUUUUAAAGAUGUGCAUCAAGAUUCAUUAAAAAUCUAUAAACAGUGUAAAAACAUGAGGAGGAUUCAUUCCAUGAAAGAUAAACGAGUGUUUAAAACACUCAAAAACGGAGCUGAGAGAGAAUCAAGCUGGACCCAGAUUCAGCAGCUGUCCACAACAUGAAUGUAAAUAAAUAAUAAGAGUUUCAUCAUGCAUACUCAGUAAGUCGCCUCUUUAUCAGCAGUCUGCCUUCAAUUGUUCCUGAUUUCAGUCAGCAGGCUUCUGUGGUACAAGAACCUCCCAGCAGUAUGAGAUGUGAGCACAGCAGAGAGCUGAAGCACAGCUGUGCAGAUGUUCCUGUCUUUAUUCGUUCCACAUCAGGUCAUCAACCACGUGUUGUGUUUUUGUGCCGCUGAAGGUCAGAGUUCAGAGUUGGUCUGAUUGUUUUAGGCUUGAAGUCGAGUCUUUAUUUUUG